AUCGUUUUUACUCUUCGUUGACAUCAGUAGGGUCCAAGGAAUCCAUCAGCAGGAUCAUUCGCUUUCACGAAAUCAGAGCGAACAUAAGAUCCCGAUUCCAGAGAUAAUGUCCUUCUUCGCUAAACGACAGACUGCCGCUGGUUCAUCCACCUCUGCGGCUGUGGCUGCUGCGGCUGCAGCACAGAAGCCCUGGAUUGAAAAAUAUCGACCAAAAACAAUGGACGAUAUUAGCUCCCAGGAGCAGGCUGUCACAGUUCUCAAGAAAACAAUGGAGUCUCAAAAUUUGCCCCACCUGUUGUUUUACGGACCACCAGGAACAGGCAAGACCUCGACAAUUCUCGCACUUGCAAGGGAUAUCUAUGGACCCGAGAUGAUUGGAUCGCGUGUUCUGGAGCUGAAUGCAUCGGAUGAGCGUGGUAUUCAAGUUAUCCGUGAAAAAGUAAAAAACUUUGCUCGGUCAACUGUUACCCAUAACAUUGGCAAGCAGAGCUGUCCUCCAUACAAGAUUAUCAUUCUGGACGAGGCAGAUUCAAUGACAGCGGAUGCCCAGUCUGCCCUUCGACGAACCAUGGAAACUUAUUCAAAAUUGACACGGUUCUGCCUGAUCUGCAACUAUGUCACACGCAUCAUAGAACCAUUGGCUUCACGUUGUGCCAAGUUCCGGUUCAGACCCCUGGAGGAGAAACACAGUAAGGAGCGUUUGGAGAUGAUUUGCCAACAAGAAGAUGUCAAGAUUUCGCCGGAGGCGAUUCUCAGCUUGAUCAGGAUCUCGGAAGGAGACCUUCGCAAGGCAAUCAUGUAUCUUCAGAGUGCGUCGCGGUUGAUCGGCAAGGAGACUGAGAUCAGCCCGGAUGUGAUUGCAGAUAUUGCUGGCACGGUGCCUGAAUCGGUGAUUGAUGGUCUGGAGGCAUGCUGGCGUACAAAGGACUACAAGACAGUUUCGGUCGAGGUACAGAACGUAGUCGCGGAUGGACACUCUGCAGCACGAAUCUUGUCACAGCUCCACACACGAUUGAUGAGGAACGACUCAUUGAGCUCACUGCAGAAGGCCAAGAUUUCGGAGAUAUUUGGGGAUAUGGACAAGGCGCUGUGCGAUGGCGCGGACGAGCAAUUGCAGUUGCUGAAUAUGAUGGCCCGUGUCUCUGCUAUUGCAGCAUGAGUGGAGCAAGGAAUAGCAGCAACGACUUCAACAACAAAUAAAGAAAAUGGACUAAAGAAGGCGCGAUAUGAUAU